AUGGUUUCGGUCUCAAACCGGACGUGCUGAAUCGUGGCACCUGACUAUUCGAAGAUUUUUACGGUUCACAGAAAGCACAAACAUCGGCUCAUAUCGCAUUCCACGAAGCUGGCUGUGUUCCUUAGCCUCAAUGUCAGCGUCAAUCCAAUUGUCCCGUCUUUCCUCAAUGAUGAGCUUUCCCGGAUCAUACCCAAUCCUUUCUUUGGCGCUACUAGUUCUUGAAUGGCGUACUGGAUAUACUGUAAGCCUUGCAUCCCGCAACGGGAAAAACACAGAACUUUACCACACUCGUACUGCCUUAAUGUCCCUGAGUCCCUAUUCCGAGCGUUGUCACAAAGUGUUUCAAUAUGCCGGCAUACUCAGUACCUGGCCAGUUAUGCGUAUGUACGCCGGAAUCCGUCGCCUACACUCACUGCACUCACCAUGCUUUAAGCUCUUUGAGACGUAUCCCAACACCUUCCAGUUGAUACUAUGCUGCCGCUGUGCCUGCUGCCUCUGACCCUCCUGUAGACCCGUCGACAUACAGACUGGGAAUCUGAGAGUCGGCCAGGAGAUGUUAUGCAGCGUGUUGUGUGUUGGAUUGCAUGGUGAUUGAUUUUCCAAAUGGACAAUUUUCUGAGAUUCAUAUACUACUAUCAUAUUUUCAAGUACUCUCAUUCCUAAUGCUCGCUGACGUUGAAGAGUUG